AUGGUGAAGUCAUUUGAAGACAAUGAAAAUCUUACAACUCAUAGUCAUAAAAUUUAUCAUUUACUUAACGUAUAUUUUCAGUCUGUAUUUGUUGUUGAACCGUUAGAUCAAAUGCCAACAUUUCAGAACAAAACAGAAACGGAAUGUGUCCUGGAUGAAGCAGAACUAAUAAAUAUAUCUGUUCAGAAGAAGCUGGAAGAGCUCAUCGAAACAAAGUCAAAAGGCUGCAAUAACAUACACCCGCGUGUUCUUCGAUACUGUGCUGCUGCAAAAUCGCUUGGCAAAGUCCCUAACUUUUGGAAGUUAUUAAACGUUACUCCUAUUUUUAAAAAUGAAAUUUGUAGAAAAUGUUUGAACUACAGACCAGUUUCUCUUACAUCGGUACCCUGUAAAAUAAUGGAAAGUUUUAUACACAAAAGAAUCCUGAAACAUUGUCUUGAAAAAGAGCUCUUUACAAAAUCUCAACAUGAAUUUCUUCCAAGAAGCGGCUGUACAACCAACCUUUUAGAGGCACAGGAUAUUUUAACAAAAGCACUAUUUCAUAAUCAUGCCAUAGCUGUGAUUUACACAGACUUUGCUAAAGCUUUUGAUAAAGUACCUCACCAAUGUCUUCUUUUAAAACUUGAUGUAUACGGCAUACAUAUAACACUACUGUAG